UUGGCCAAAAGCUGGACGUUUACGUCGAUGGCAACAAAAUACCGACGGUCAACCACCCAAAAAUCCUGGGAGUCACGUUCGACAGCCUAUUCUCCUUUUCUGCGCACGCCUCAGCCACCUGCGAAAGGAUGCGAGCUAGGAACAAAGUCCUCAAGUCACUAGCCGGCAGCACUUGGGGAGCCGACAAAGAAACCCUNCUCACCACGUAUAAAGCAAUAGGCCGGUCGGUGGCAAACUACGCAGCGCCAGUGUGGACGGCGGGUACUAGCGAUAUGCAGUGGAGAAACUUACAAACAUGCCAGAAUGCAGCACGCACGGCUAUAGGUUGCCAUCUCAUGUCGUCCGAGCAUCACCUCCACCAAGAAAUCCAGAUGCUGGCGGUGAAAGAGCACAACACGUUGCUAUCGAAGCAGUUCCUCGUGGGAUGUUACCGUGGAAAUCACCCCAAUAACGCCCUGCUUCGAAAUGAACCGCCUCCCCGACAUGUCAGACGUCACCUGCACGACUGGAAAUCCGACGUCGAGCCGUGCGUAGACCACCCAUUCGACGCAGAGAAAUACAGAGCGGCGCUUAACCACCUACACACCGAUGCAGUCAGGUCGAGUCUUAGCACCAGAAACGACAACAUCGUUCUAGGUGGUCGACCGCCACCCAUCAACAUCGACGAAGCCGAACUGCCAAGAGAGACCAGGUGCACCCUAGCACAACUCCGUUCUGGGUGGUGCCGCAGAUUAAACAGCUAUCUCUCCCGGCUGAACCCAGAAGUGGCAGACACAUGCCCUGCAUGCGGGCAAGGUCCACACAACACCCAACUCCUCUUCGCAUGCGCCUCUAACCCCACGACCCUGACACCAGAAGCACUAUGGACCGCGCCUAUAGACGCUGCCCGCUUUCUCGGCCUCAGGCUUGUCGAGUCAGAGGACGAAGACGACCCUUGACGAAACCCCGGGGGGUUGAGUACUGCUGCUACAACAACAACAACAACAA